GUAGUACUUUAAACCUCGCUAAUAGAAACACUAUAAAUUAUAAAUCAUGUUGAAAAACAGAAAAAAUUGCCGCCUCUCUCAAUCAGAACCGAAAUUAAAUCUUGUAAAUCAGUCUCGCAAUUUUCAUGAAAUGGAGUCUAAUGAUCGCAAUAAAAGGUUAUGCGUACGAGUACAGGGUAAUAAAUCAAACCGGAGCAAUUCCCGGCAAUUUGUUACCGGAAUCUCGACAGGGGUGGUGCAUGUUGUACGGCCAAAAGAUGUGGAAGAGAAACGGAAGGAUCUUCCGAUAGUUAUGAUGGAGCAGGAGAUCAUGGAAGCCAUUAAUGAACAUCCUAUUGUCAUUGUCUGUGGAGAAACUGGUUGCGGCAAAACCACUCAACUUCCUCAGUUUCUUUAUGAAGCAGGCUUUGGUUCAAACGGUGGAGGUCGAUCUCGUGUUAUCGGAGUUACUCAACCACGUCGUGUUGCUGUGUUUGCCUCCGCUAGGCGUGUGAAGGAGGAGCUUGGUCUCAAGAGAAGUAGUAAGGUGGUUGGUUAUCAGGUCAGGCAUCAGAAGAGUGUUGUAGACAGUAGUGCCAUCAAAUUUAUGACUGAUGGAAUCUUACUACAAGAACUUAAGAGUGAUUUUCUAUUGAGCAACUACUCUGUCAUAAUAUUAGAUGAGGCUCAUGAGAGAAGUGCCAACACAGACAUACUCAUCGGAUUGCUUUCUCGUAGCAUCCAGCUACGCCAGAAAGUUUAUGAUGAUCAGCAAAAGAUUAUGCUUUCAGGACAAGAAAUUAGCCCUGAUCAAAGGAUAUCUGCUCCCAAACUUAUUCUGAUGAGUGCCACCAUGAGAGUGAAGGAUUUCAUUUCAGUAUUUGGUAAUCCUCCUCCGAUUAUUAAAGUUCCAACCAGGCAAUUUCCGAUUUUUGAACAUUUCUCGAAGAGAACAAAACUUGAUGAUUAUGUAGGCCAAGCCUUUAAAAAGGUCCUUUCAAUUCACAAGAUGCUACCGAAAGGAGGCAUACUUGUUUUUGUCACGGGCCAAAGAGAGGUAGAGGAAUUGCGCAAGAGAUUGCUGAAAGCUUCUAAGAAAUUGUUUUCUAUGACUGCUGAAAGGAACAAUGGAGUCUCUGCCGCAUCAGAAAAUUAUUCUAUUCAGGGAAUUGCCAAAAAGGAUAUCAAUGAGGCAUUUGAAAUGCAAGGAAACUCAGUUGCUGACGAAUUUAGCUACUAUGACGAAGAUAUGCCACUUUCUGAUGGCGAUGAAUCAGACUGUUAUGAUUCUGAAUCAGACUGUUAUGAUUCUGAAUCAGACUAUUAUGGUUCUGAAUCAGAAAGUGAAGUAAAAAAUAUUGGUGGCGAUGGAGAAUCGCGGGAUCACAGCAUCCCAAAAAAUGACACUAGUAUCUUAGGUGUCUUAGGUGAGGAAGGGGUUGUUUCCUCAUUGAAGACUGCUUUUGAAGCAUUGGAUGGAAAUUAUGCUUCAGACAUGAAUUCUAAGGCAAAACAGAAUCCUUUUAUGCCACAAGAGUGCUUAAAGAAAUACAAUCAUAGUGCAGUGAAGAAAAGGACAGGAAAUAAAUGCGUAUCUGUUGGUCCACUGCGUGUGCUGUCUCUUUAUGCCAUGCUUUCUGAAAAAGCACAGCUUCGUGUAUUUGAAGAGGUCAAGAAAGGGGAGAGGCUAAUUGUCGUUGCCACUAAUGUUGCUGAAACAUCCUUAACCAUUCCAGGUAUAAAGUAUAUUGUUGACACGGGAAAGGAAAAGGUGAAGGAUUAUGACCCAUCUAAUGGCAUGACAAGUUAUAGAGUACAGUGGAUAAGUAAGGCAUCAGCAGCUCAACGCGCCGGAAGGGCUGGGAGAACUGGGCCUGGCCACUGUUAUCGCCUCUAUUCUUCUGCUGUCUUUAACGACUUACUUCCUGAUUUCUCUUGUCCUGAAAUUCUUAAAGUGCCUCUUGAGGGCUAUGUUCUCAACCUGGAAUCCAUGAAUAUAAAGGUACAAGGUUUUCCAUUUCCAACUUGUCCAAAGAAAGAGGCCUUGGAUCAAGCAUAUGAUUGCUUGAGGAAUCUUAAAGCACUUGAUGGGAAAAGAUUGACACCCCUCGGAAAGGCCAUGGCUUGUUAUCCCAUGGACCCUCGUCACUCUCGGAUCCCUUUAGCUGCUAUACAAAUUAUGAAGGGGGAGAAUUAUCCCAGAGCAAAUCUAAUUCUAGGAUAUGCAGUUGCAACAGCUGCAGCAUUGAGCUUGUCAAAUCCUUUCCUGAUGCAGCUUCAAGAAAAUGACGACAAUACCGAUUUCUUAGAGUCGGAGGAGAUUUCUGGGAAAGUAGACAGUAGAAAUGUUAAAGCAACAGCCAAAUCACUUUACAUGAGCAGUGAUGUUCUGACUGUAGCUUAUUGUUUGCAAUGUUUUGAACUUUCUCAAGAUCCAAGGAAAUUUUGCACUGAGAAUGCCUUACACUAUAAAACCAUGGAUGAAAUGUCCAAGUUAAGAGAGCAGCUUCUCGGAUUAGUCUUUGAUCAAAGUGUCAAUUAUGACUUGGAUCAGAAUUUCUCAUGGACUCAUGGAACCAUGGAGGAUGUGGAACAAGCAUGGAGGGGUUCCUCCAGUAAGACUCCUCUUCUACAGAAUUAUUACGAAGAACCAAUCUUACGCAAAGCUAUAUGUGCUGGCUUGAUUGAUAGAGUUGCCAAAAGACUCGAUAGAGAUUUAAGGUCAUCAGAAGAAGAUAGAUCAGUAAAAUUAGUUAGGUAUGAAAUCUGCACGUCUAAUGAUAUCGUAUUCCUCAAUCCUUCGUCAUCUCUUACUAGUUCAGCUCCUGAUUAUUUGGUUUACAAUGAAUUGCUACGUACAAAACGUCGGUCAUACAUUUAUGGAGCAACAAGCAUUGAUCCAGAAUGGCUUGUUGACUAUGGCUGUAAAACUACUUUGUGCACUACUUCAGUUGAUAAGAGUCGCAGACCAUAUUACAACGUUAGUACAGACCAGAUAUGUCGUUACAUGAUACCAAGUUUUGGGUGUCACAGCUGGGAACUUCCAGCUAUUAGUGAGCCAGUUAAGGAUGAUGAUGAUCGAAUAAAGGCAUUUGCUUGGGCCUUGUUUGAAGGAAAUGUUUCACAAUCCUUCAGGAAUCAUAUGGCAGCUCGUCCAAGUUGAAUUAUGGAGAGAACUUUUCGGGAAGUUGAUCGUAACACUUUUCGAUAAGAAUUUUUCGCCUGGAUUAGGAGGAAUUAUCAAUUUAACUUUGAAGGACUUUGGUCAAAUAUGCAUUUUGAAGUUCUGUGCGAUCCUCAUCAACGUUUUCCAGAUGGUUAGCUUUCUCAUCUGGGUUGAAGAUGUUGGUUUAUUGAAGAAAAAUAAUUGUUUAAUGACCCAAAUAUGCACAUUUAUUUAUUUAUUUUUAAAGGGAAAAAGUUAGUUUUGUGCAGGACAAAUAUUAUA